AUGCAGCUCCGUCGAUCUAGCUCUGCCGCUAAGUGGGCCUGUAAACACGACGCGUGUCCGUUUCAUGUCAGCGUAAGUGGUCGCGUGUUCAUCUCGACCAUGGACCUAAGCCACAACCAUGCUUUGAACCAUUUGGGCAUUGGUCGACGGCACGAAGGGAUUACGCACAACAACAAG